UAAAACUGCGAAGUAAAACUCGUAUACAGUGAAAAUUAUCCACACGUCAAUAAAAAGAUUUUCAUUUAGCAACACUGAAAAUCUUGUAAAAAUCAACAAUGAUGUCUCGCGCAUAUUACAAUUAUCGUGCCCUUCUUGCUCAGCACGCCCAUCGUUAUAGUGACAUGCUAAUCUCUUUAAAUGGCAUUAUUAAUAUGGGCGUAGUUCUCACCGUUGAAGAGCGCAACAUGGUGUUGGUGGCAUAUAAAAACAUUGUAAGUGAACACCGUACAGCUUUGCAAAAUUUUAUAACUCCUUUACCGGAUGAGUCAACUAUGGAUUUGGGAACAAAACUCUAUUUAGCUGAGCAAUAUCGUCAUCAAAUCGAAAAUGAUAUAACUUUCAAUUGUAAUCGUGUCAUAUACUUGAUUGAUACACUUCGUUUUCCUUGUGAUGGUUAUGAAAAUAUAAUUCUCAAUGCAAAGACACUUGGUGAUUAUCAUCAUUAUCUAUGUGAAAUCAAUACCAAUGGUUAUUCCGCAAUAUGCGUGCAACGUUGUCAAUCAUCAUAUGAAAGAGCUUUAAAUACAGCAACACUGUGCCUUGGACCAGCUGAUCCAAUACGUAUGCGUAUUGCUUUGAAUUUCUCAAUUUUCUAUUACAAUAUUUUACGUGCACCAGGAUAUGCUGUACAGCUUGCUGUUUCCGAAUUGUCUCGUGCGGAACAGUAUAUGCAAAGCUUUCCAAAUGAGGAUUAUGAUGAUACCGUUUCUAUUGCGGAAGAAAUCAACAAAUGCGUUUAUAUAUGGAAUACAACCCCUCAACCACCUCGGCAGCUUUCAGUAUUUUUUGCGAGCAACAAUUCCGCGGUGCAUGGCUAUGUAAAUAAUGUAAAUAAUGAUACUAAGUCUGCAAGUACACCAGCAGAAAUGUUUGAGUCUUCAUCUGACUCUGAAUAUACUUCCUCUUCUGAUACGGAAAUGAACUCUGAUAAUAAUUCAGAUGCGAAUAAAUGCAGUGUUAUGUAUCUACCUAAUGCCUUUGGUGAUUUUGAACCAGAAGAAGAGUUUAUAAAUAUUAACGAACAAGAAGAAGAAGAAGAAGAAAAGGAAGAAGAAGAAAAGGAAGAAGAAGAGAAAGAAGAAGAAGAAGAAAAAGAAGAGGAAGAAGUGGAAGCAGAGGAAUUGGAAAAUAAUAUCCAAAUGGAAGGUAUAAUAGAGUUCCCUGAGUCACUUUAUGCUGGAAGUGAUUCAGAAGAAGACAAGGAUGAGAUUGAUAUCAUAAUUUGUGAACAGGAUGAAAUUAUUUAACAUAAUUAAAAUUAUUAUUCAAAAACAUAAUCAUUUUUAAUAACAAAACAUUACUUCAUAUAACUAUUCUAUAAGAGUAGUACGUACUUUUUUAUUCUAUUCUCGUUUAACCCUAUGUGUGUUUAAUAUAAAUAAAAAAAAUUAUUUGGCUGAUGUUCGCUUCUAAAAUACUAUCUAUGCAUGUACAUAUAUGUAUGUAACAGAAUGUACAAUUUAUUUUAAUAAAACUGACUACAGCUCCAAA